CUGCCGCUCACUGAUCAUCUUUCCCGGAUGGACCCUCUUGUUUUACGAUCAAGGUGAUGACUACGUAUCCUGGUCCUAACUAACUAAUUUAGUCAACUAUCUAUUUAGUGACUGGGAGUUGAUGUCCGUUUCGGUCGUCGAUGGGUCCCCAAAUCUAGGCCACGAGGUUGCAGGAUUAGUGUCAUCUGUCACGUUCGGCCAGGAUCAUGGUACAACGGUGAAUGCUCAUUCCUUAGUUUCAUUUCCGCUAUUCCUCUCAUUCGACCGUGCCUCGACAAUGCUUUCUACUCGUUACAGAACUAAUAGCUACUACCACUAUGGUUGCAUCUACCCCUGUCUCCCCGUGCCUCGAUCUUGACGAGGAUGAGACCGGUAAUCGUGAUGGUCUCCAUAGUCCAGAACAAGCGAGAUGCAUCAUGCGCGCGCGCUCCCACCUCGCAAUGGUCUGGUCGGAGCAAGUCAUUCAGUGCUCCCUUACGUGGACUAUACUUUUGAACUACCGCUUCAUCACAGAGCACUGGACCAUAGAGUUCCUGCUACUUCGAUGUUACCCACGGUCAUGCCGGACGUCGGGAAGUUGUAACCUCAGCUCCCAUGAUAUCUCCGGAGACGUGAACUACCCCGAGAUACAUCAUGCGGUUGUAAAUAUCCCCUUAGGAAUGUCAUCUGAACUGAGAUGCACCGGGGACGAUCUAUGCAAGUCUGGGGAUUGGAUUGUCGAACCAAGAUCCCUCCCCGAUAGCCGAUCUCCUUGUUCUCGUGACAGAUACUCAGGCACAGAUCACUUGAGGAGUCUUAAGCGUCCCCGCUUUGUUCUACCCGGUCUAGUCUCAUCUAUCCUCCCCUCGAUGAGAAGAAUCAAGGAAGCACACGAUAUAGUGUCGUAG